AUGCGUGAUGCGGAGGAAGCCGAAUACCGGCUGAUCUACCGUGUGACGCUGGCAGCGGUCCAUGCGCAUUUCCGGCACCUGCCGAUGGCGGCGAUCAUGGACCCGCCACGCAGCUGGUUUGAUGCGGCGCUCGCCCAACAGGUGGUUCUGCAUGUGAUGUGCAGCCAUUUCAACGUCACCAAGCAACGGGUGCUCGAUCAUCUGCGCCGGUCGCGGGCGAGCCUCAACCGGAGCCUGACCACGAUCGACUGGCGGCUGGAUACGGAUGAGUUCGAGGCGAGCUACCGGCUGAUCGCGGCGCAUGCGCAGCGGCUUUUCGAAGAUGAAAAGGCGGCAGGCUGCACCACGCGGCUGACCCACAAAUACGCGGUUGUCUGCCCGGAUCACUACUUCUGCGUCGAGCCCAAAGAGGUGAGUUUUGUUCGCACCCUGAUGAUCCGCGCCGACCGGACCCGUGAUGCCGAGACCCAACAGCGGAGCACGGACAUGAGCAGCACCAAGAGCAUCCCGCUCGACAAAAUCCAUGUGCCCGCACGGCUGCGUGACGUGGAAGACGAUCACGCGCUGGCGAUCCAGGCGAGCAUUCAAGCCCAUGGCCUGAUCAACCCGAUCACGGUGCGUCAGACGCCCAAUGGCGAGAAGCCCUAUACACUGGUUGCGGGCGCGCAUCGGCUCCGGGCCAUAGAACUGCUCGAUAAGGACAACGAGAUUGAAGUCGUCGUCGUCAAGGCGGACGCCGACGAUGCGGUGCUGAUCGAGAUUACCGAGAACCUGUUCCGCAACGAUUUGUCGGUGAUGGACCGCGCGACCUUUGUGGCGACCUAUCGUGAUGUCUGGGAGAAAACGCACGGGCCGAUCAAGGCUGGCAAUCCUCAAUUGGAUCAAGUUGAUCCAAUUGGAAGUUCGCCAGUCGAUCUAAUCGCUCAAGAGCAUGCCAACGGCUUCUCGAAGGUCUGUGCGGAGCGGCUUGGCGUCUCGGUUCCCUCGAUCAAACGGCUCAACCAGAUCGCCCAGAACCUGACGCCGGACCUGCGUGCGGCGGUGCGCGGAACGUCGAUCGCCGACAACCAGGCGCAGCUUCUCUCGCUCGCCAAGCUGGACCCGGCUCUCAAGCCGCGUGCGGCUGAAAAACUGCGGGAUCACAAGGGCGAUUUCAAAGCGGCCUGGCCGGACAUCACCGGGCACAAGGCGCAGCCGACCGACCAGCAGAAAAUCCUGACCCAGAUGAUCAGACUCUAUGCCAAGGCCAGCCCGAAAACCAAGGCUGCCUUCCGCGAUCAUCUGGACAAGGUGCAGACGCGCGAAGCCGAACGAGCCGCCAAUGGCGGACGCGCGACACGCUUCGACAGCAAGGCCAAGAUGCAGGCCGGAUCGCUGGAGCUGGAGCGGUUCCGCUCGGAGGUCAAACGGGCGAUGAGCGAGGCGAUCCGCCAGUGCGGUCUGCCGCGCAGCGUGGUUGCCGAGCGGAUGGCGGCCUAUCUUGGCCUGCCGAAACUGUCUCGUGCCACGCUUGACGCCUAUACUGCCGAGAGCAAGGACACCCACGAUAUCAGCCUGUUGCGGUUUGCGGCCUUCGUGCAUGCGACCAGCGCACCCUGGCUCUAUGACCUGAUCGCCUCGAAGGCGGGUUGCACCGUGCUGCAGGGGCGCGAAGCACGGCUGGCGGAGAUGGCGCUGCUCGAACAGAUGGAGGCAACGGGGAUGACGCUGAAGCGCUUCUACACCGCUGAAGAACUGGCGAUCCUGCACGGGACAUCGGCCCGUCAUGUGCAUCGUCUUUAUGCCGCCUGCCGCCGCAACGCGAAGCUCGCCCGGCAGGAAAGUGGCAAGCGAGGGCGCGGUGGCGGUGCCUGGACCUAUCAUUUCGAUGCGCUGAAUGGCGAUGUGCAGGCCCGGCUGAUGAAAGUUCAUUCCACGCCCGGCAAUGACGACGCCAGAUGCGACCACGAGGCCGCACAACCCUCACACCUCUGGGCGCAUUACAACGGGCUUCCGAAGGCCCGCAAAAAGGCCUGUGAGGCGCGUUUGAACGCUGUUGUCAGCGCUGAUCGCUUGAUCAGCGAAGGGCUGUCGCAGCGCACCGCCUUCGAACAGGUCGCCCAUGACCACCGAUGCUCGGCGAAGAGCCUUGCCAACUGGAUGGCGCGGGUCACCGGCAAGCCCCGCAAGGACUGGCUCGCGCUGAUGGCCGACCAGUACAAGGCAGGCGGCAAACGUGCCGAGUGUCAUCCGGAAGCCUGGGAGACGCUGAAAAGCGAUUAUCUCCGCCCGGAACGGCCGACCUUCUCGGCCUGUGUCCGGCGGGUGCGCCUGAUUGCCAGGGACAAUGGCUGGCUGCCGAUGCCAACUGAGGCAAGCUUGCGUCGCCGGUUCGAGCAUGAGGUACCGAAAGCCGUGGUGAUUGCUGCGCGCGAGACCAGCGAGCGGACCAAGCGGCUCUAUCCCGCGCAGCGGCGGGACCGCUCGGCGCUCCGGGCCAUGCAGGCGGUUAAUAUCGACGGCCACAAAUUCGAUGUGUUCGUCUCGGUGCCCUGGCGGGACAAUCCGAUCCGCCCGAUGAUGAUCGCGAUCCAGUGUCUCUAUUCAGGCAAAAUCCUCGCCUGGCGGAUCGCCGAGACCGAGAACAAGGACACGACACGGCUCGCCAUCGGCGACAUGGUCACACGGCACGGCAUCCCGGAAAAGAUGCUGCUCGACAAUGGCCGGGCGUUUGCCUCGAAAUGGAUUACCGGCGGCGCGAUGAACCGGUUCCGCUUCAAGGUGAAGGAGGAAGACCCGAACGGGCUUCUGGUUUCGCUCGGUGUCGAACUGAUCUGGGCGCAGCCCUAUUCCGGCCAGUCCAAGCCGAUCGAGCGGGCCUUCCGCGAUCUCACCGACACGAUUUCCCGCCACCCGGUGUGCGCCGGAGCAUGGACGGGCAAUGACGUCAACGCCAAGCCCGAGAAUUACCGUUCCAAGGCAGUGCCGAUCGACGUCUUCAAGGCGCAUGUCGACCGGGAAAUCGCCGAGCACAAUGCGCGUGCGGGCCGCAAGGGCGGCAAUGCCAAUGGCCGCUCGUUUGACGAGACCUUCGCACAGUCGCUUGCCGAUCCUGCCACCAUCGUCUCCUGGCCGACCGAGGGCCAGCGCUCGCUCUGGCUGAUGGCGGCGGAGAGCAUCCGCGCACAGCGCGGCAGCGGCGAAAUCCAUCUGGCCGGAAACCGUUACUGGAACGAAGCGCUCAACCAGUUCAUGGGCAAGAAGCUUGUGGUGCGCUUUGACGCCGACCGGCUGCAUGAGCCGGUCAAGGUCUACGAUCUUUCCGACCGGUUCAUCUGCGAUGCGGCCUGUAUCGAGGAUGCUGGCUUCUUCUCGAUGGAAGAUGCGCUCCAGCACAAUCGCGACCGCCGCGCCUUCCUCAAGAAGAAGAAGGAACUGGCCGACAUGCAUGUGCAGAUGUCGCCGGAUCAGCUGGCCGACAUCUACACGAGAAACAGACCGAACCCCAAGCCCACGCCGGAGCCACGCACCAAGCGUGUUGUCACCAAGGGCGUGAUGACUGGCGGAAGGACCGCGCUGGCGCGCAAGCCCGCGCCGGAAGCGUGGGGCGAGGACCAUGAGGACGCCUUUGCCAACGCCAUGGAACGCCUUGAGGGCGAGAUUUCCGGCUGGAGCCGACCGGAUACGGUGCCCGAGACCGGCAAUGAAGCCUCGGGCCGCACAGCGGCCGACAUUUCCAAAUGGCGGGCGCUGACCGAGCGUGUGCUGGAGAUUGCCGAACUCAAUGGCUGGUCGAAGGCCGAGGUCGGACGGCGCAUCCAGAUGCCGGAUGGCACCUUCAGCCAGUGGUUUUCCGGGAAAUAUACGGGCCGCCUCGACAGCCAGAACCUGAAGGUGGAACGCUGGCUCUCCAGCACCGAGGAAAUGGCGGGCAUGGCGGCGCGCGUGCCGAGCGGCCCGGAUUUCGUCAAGACCAAGACGGCCAAGCAGAUCAUCGCGACGCUGCAAUUCGCACAGGCGAUGCCGACUGUGGUGAUCGUGACGACGCCGUCCGGCACCGGCAAGACGGCCGCCUGCACCCACUACGCCUCGACACGGGCCAACGUGUUCAUGGUGACCAUGAACCCCUAUGCCCGCACCGUGCAUGCCACGCUGACGGCGAUGGCGACACAGCUGGGUGUGACGCAGAUGAACCCUGCGAAGCUGCACAGCGCCGUGAUCCGGCGGCUGACCAGCGCCGACCGGACAUCGCUUCUGAUCGUCGAUGAAGCGCAGAACCUCGACCACCAGUCGCUCAACAUGCUGCGGGAGUUGAAAGACCUGCAUGGCUGCGGGGUGGCGAUCGUCGGCAAUGACGAAAUUCAUACGCGGCUGCGCCGUGACAGCCUCGGCGGCGAGCAUAAUCAGGUGACCGGCCGGAUCGGCAAGCGGUUGCGGUUCUCGACACCCCGGCUCGAAGACAUCGAGGCAGUGCUCGAUGCCUGGAACAUGCGGGAGCCGCAGGCACGCAAGUUCCUGACCGGCGUCGCGAUGAAGAAUGGCAGCCUGCAUCAGGUGCGCGAAACGAUCGGGCUGGCGUCGCUGACACUUGGCGACGGCGAAACGCUUUCAGCCGAUCACCUGAAGGCAGCCUGGGCGAACCGGGAUGUGGCCGACCUCUGGCAGGGAGCCAAUGCGAUUGCCAGAACGGUGGCCGACCACGGCACACCGGACGGCCUGACGAUGAGUGCGGCGGAGGCCUUGCACCUUUACCGUCGGCUUGCCGCGCUCACCGAAGCGAUCAGCCUUCUAGAGGACGAGCUUGCCGCCUACCGGAUCUGCGAACGCGACGGCGACGCCCUGAGCGCGCUCGAUGAUCUGUGUCUCGACGUGCUCGAAGAGGGUCUUGCCGAGGAUGACGAGGACCUUGCCAACCUUGCCCAGAUGAUCGACCACCGCCGCCGGGACAAGGUACCGCCGAGCGAUGCGCUUCUCCACGAACUGGCGCGGGCGCUUGAAUGCCAUGGCGGCCGCGCCCGCGAAAUGGAGCGGCGUGUCGAAGACCUUGAGGCGGCUCCGGCUUGUGCCUUCACCUGCCAAACCGAAACCCGCCAAGACGCCGCUGCAUCUUGUGAUCGACAAUGGUGGCGGACCCGCAUCAUGAGCUACCACGCCCAUGACAGCGACGCGACCAUGGAGCAGCUGGCGGAACUGGCGGCGGCCAAGGUCAUGGACAAGUUCUAUGGCACGAUCCGCAACCAGGUGACCCGCGAGAUGCGCGCGGAGCUGGACCGGGAGUGGACGGAGCUUGCCGCCCAGAAGAAGGCGCUUGCGCGGACGAGCGAAAGCUGCGCGACCGCCAAGGCUCCGGUGGGUAUCGGCGAGGGUCUGCUGAAGGCCUGCGCCGAGCUUGCGGUGGCCGUCAACGCCUUUGAACAGGCGCAAUACACCAAAGACGAAAACCGGGCCGCAGACCGGCUCAACGAGAAGGCGGCGGCCUGCCGGACUGCCUUCCGACAAUUCCAACACGCCGCCGACGAUGUGCUGGAUCGGCUGGGUGAUGGCACCCGCGUACUGGAUGGCAGGGUGUACAUGAACGACGCGAGAGGCGGCGUUAUGCCGAUGGAAGCCGUCAAGGCAGCCGAGAAACUCGAAGAUGAGAUGGUGCGACGUGAGAUCAGCUUUGCGAUUGCACUUUCCGAUCAGAUUGAUCGUUUCCGCAACCACGUCAUGCAGGCACUGGUGGGUUUCGACGGGAUGCUGGAGCAGCACUACGACGUGCGGCGCGGCGGCAAGAAAGGCAAUCGGCAAUACACCAGCUAUGACGGCUUGCUUCGGAUCGAGGUGCAGGUGGCCGAUCUCAUCGAUUUCGGCCCUCAGCUGCAUAUCGCCAAGGCCUUGGUCGAUGAAUGUCUCAUCGAAUGGUCCGCGGAGGGACGCGCUGAAGUUCGCUCGGCUGUGACGCAAGCAUUCAACACGGACAAGAAGGGCAAGAUCAAUCGAUCUGCUGUUCUCAUGCUGUUGCGGAUCGACAGCGAUGACGAGCGAUGGAUGCGGGCCAUGGACGCCAUUCGCGAUGCCAUCCGGAUCAUCGGCUCAAAGGAGUACGUGCGGUUCUAUCAGCGCGCCAAGAUCACUGAUGGUUGGAAAGCCGUGACCAUCGAUCUGGCGAAGGCGGGUGCGUGA